UCUGCUUGCCUCAGUCGUCCCGUUGUUUGCGCCAAGGAAGGCUGCCUCGUAUCCAUGUCCUCGCCUGGUUCCUCCACGGGUUAAAAGUUCCAGUCCGCUGGGAACUACCAGUAGCUGCAAGGACCAUCAGGCACCCUCUCGCUCAACUUUCUCUCCGCCUCGAUAGGGUUACAGACGUGACCUGCACCCCAACAACUUCAUCAGAAGAGUCAUCAUCCAAACCAAAUAGGGUUUGAUUGAUUUCACUCCAUUCCCUCGAAACUACCAACUUGCACUUUCUCUCCAACCCACCAACCUUCCUCUCUCCAACUUGAGACGGCUUCGGGCAGGAUGUCGUAACCCAGAAGAAACGGUUGAAACGAUUCUCCCUCAAUUUCCGCCGUGCAAUUCGUGUUGUUCUACUCAAUACGAGGUUAAAUAAUAAAAAUAAAAUACAGCAGAGUUAAGCACGCCGGGCCAAGUCAAAGGGUGAAAAUGGACCAGGGAUCGUCUUCUUGGUUCUUGUACUUUUUCCUUUGCACUCUGCUCACAUCUCAACUGGAUGGAAUGUACGGCGAGGGGACGCAGAAAGCGCCAAACAACCGUGAGAUUGAGAAACGCAUCCUGGACAAAGUAAUGAACACGAAGGUGUAUGAUAACAAAAUUCGGCCGGUUGGUGCGGGUGGUGAAGGCGCCACUGUGGUCAACGUGAAUCUUUUUGUGAGGAGCAUUGCUCGGAUUGAUGACGUAAAAAUGGAAUAUUCAGUUCAACUCACAUUCAGAGAGCAGUGGUUAGAUGAUAGGCUUCGUUUUGACAACUUUAAACCAACGCCGCCCAAGGAUUUGGCAUAUCUAACUUUAACAGAUUCAGCCAAAGUAUGGAUGCCGGAUCUCUUCUUUUCCAACGAACGACAAGGACAUCUGCACAAUAUAAUUACGCCCAAUGUCUAUAUUCGGAUAUUUCCUAAUGGAGAGGUUCUCUACUCGAUUCGGAUUUCGUUGACACUGUCCUGCCCCAUGAUUCUCAAGUUGUUUCCCCUGGACAAACAAGUCUGCACUCUGCGAAUGGCUUCGUAUGGUUGGACCACAGAAGACGUAAUUUUCAAAUGGAAAAGCAAUGAUCCAGUUCAAGUCACCAAAGAUCUUCAUCUUCCCCGUUUUGCACUGGAACAGUUUACAACAGACUAUUGCGACUCGGUGACCAACACUGGGACGUACUCUUGUCUAAGAGUCGAUCUCUUGUUCAAAAGACAAUUCAGUUACUACUUGCUCCAAAUCUACAUUCCUGGAUGUAUGUUGGUGAUCGUCUCCUGGGUCAGCUUCUGGCUCGACGCAGGUGCAGUUCCGGCGCGUGUCUCGCUUGGUGUCACCACACUUCUAACAAUGGCUACUCAAACGUCGGGUAUAAAUCAAAAGCUCCCACCGGUGUCUUAUACCAAGGCCCUGGACGUGUGGACUGGUGUGUGCCUAACGUUCGUCUUUGGUGCAUUAUUGGAGUUUGCACUCGUAAACUACGCCAGCAGAAAUGAUCAGCAUAGGUCAGCAGUUAUAAAGCAGAGGAAACAAUGGGAGGCAGAACAAGCGGCAGCAAUGGAGACAGCGAAAGCGGCCGCUAAUUCAAGAACUCCAAAUUCUAAUAAGCCAAUAAUGGCAUUGGCCCGAAAUAGUACUGUGGGAUUCGACUCGACAAGCGGUGACGAUCCUGCGUGUCCAUUGCAUUUUGGCAUCCUCAGCACUGCAUCAUGUACGAAAACCUGGUUGUCACGAUUCCCAUCGAGGUCUAAAAGAAUUGAUGUCAUUGCACGGAUUGUGUUUCCAUUAUUAUUCGCCUUUUUCAAUGUUGCAUACUGGUGCGCAUACGUCUUAAGAAAGGAAGAUCCAGAAAGUCUCAUUCAAUAAUUGUCCAACAAAGUACUUAUGACGACAUAGUCAAAAAUAGGCAUAGUCUUACAGAACAUUAAUGUCACCACUCACUGCGAAUGCGAAAUUUAGAGGCUUGGAAGUGCAAAUUAGAGAAUGACAAUUCUUACUUGGCGACUAAACCUCAAUUUUGUAUUUUUAUUCAUACAGCGUAACCGCUCCUUAGUCGUUCGUGAGUUUGAGAAUGAUUUUGACUUUAUGAAUGUUAACAUGUGUGUAUGUAUACAAUACAAUAAUUGUAUUGUAUUUAUGUAUAAAUUAUUUAUACAUAAAUAUAUAUACUAGAGAACCUCGAAAUAAUGCUGUAAUACGGUCUUCUGUACGAGUAUAAAAGUAGAAUUGACACGAUUAUUCGAUAAUAAUAAAUCAAGAAUGGUACAGAAAUUCUACAAAAGAAUAACGAAACGUAAUAAUGAAACUAAUAAUAAAAACCAAAGAUAUUUGCUCAUCCGUCAUCAGUGUUACUUGUGUGAAAUUUACCUAUAAGUAGAAAUUGUUUAGCAAUAUUGUUAACUCCUAUCUGUCCUUCACAAAAUGCCAAGUAUUUACAUACAUACAUAUAUAAUUAAUUAUAGAAGAAUACUCAAUUAUGUAGACAACAUAUAAUAAUAAAUUGUUAGCUAAGGUUGAUAUUAAUAAUAGUGUAUAGGGACAGUAUAUAAGCUCAACGCUAUCAACGUAUGGGAUUAAAUCUUCAACGCCGUUAUGUAGCUAUUAAUUAACUAUGUAUUAAAUAUUUAUUACUACACAAAUAUUAAGCUUCCGUUGAUUUUGAAAAAUCAAUUACUAGCAAUGAUAAACGAAAUAAAUUACAUGCAGAUUUUUCAGAUUA